UAACACCAGUUUUGUUGCCAGAAAAAAGGGGAAACCUAUUUUCAAGUUGUCAGCGGUUAUGAUCAAUCCACUGCUGGACGAAGACAUCCCCAAAUUGUCGCCAUCUCCUUCUUGCGACGCAGCAAUCCACCCAGCACCUGCAACACAAGCUGCUACCGUCGCUCAAUCUCCUCGGCCGACGGAUUCACAACUCCUCCACAUGACGGACACACCACGGAAAUUACACGCCAAUUAAUAUGCGGGCGGCGUUGUAAUUAGUCAAGUAUUUUUUUUGUUUAAAUGAGUGAAGGAGCUAGAGGAAAGCAUUAGGGAAAUAGCACCCAUAACCCCGUGACGAAACCGAACAAUCGAUAACAAUCGAUUAAGUAGUCGAUAUUAUUACCCAAUCUAAGACGCGUGGCUGUCACGACCACGCGUAUUCGCGUUUGGUAAAUCCCUUAUGGCCGCGGUGCGUCUCGGCUCCCGUAGGCGCGACAGAGCCGCCAGCAUGGAGGCCGGGGAGGACGUCAUCCUCUACGACUUGCUCGUCCACGCAGAGUGGCCGCCCGAGAGCGAGCUCGCGCCUCGUGGAUCCAGGGACUUGGAUAUCGCUCACAAAAGCUUUGCGAAGAAGGCAGCCUCGGCCCUUACGGCUCCCCUCUGGCUCGUUGUGCAGUACGCCCGCUGCAGCUCCUCCCCAUGCUGCUCCUUGCCGCCGGGGCUGGUGCAGCUGCUGAGCCGGCAGGUCAACUGGCAGGUCGUGCUCUCCAGCAAUGGGAAUCUCCUGGCAGUCGUGCAAGACGUGUGCAUCGAGAUCCGGUCGGCAAGGGAUGACUUUUCAGCAACGAUCGGAAAAUGUACAAUUUCGCGGGACGCGUUCCCGCAGUGGCGCCGUGUGGCGUGGAGCCACGACUGCACACUGCUGGCGAUCGCCGAGAGCUCUGGGGCCGUGCAUGUCUUUGACCUCAUGGGCACCCACCUGUUUACCAUCUCACAGGCGGCGGGCGGCUCCGGGGACCUGGGCCUGGCCGUGGCAGGGCUCGUCUUCCUGGAGUACACAGCGAGUGCGCAGUGGUCGGCUGAGCUGCUCGUCAUCAACUACGCGGGACACCUCACCAGCUACCUUGUUAGCCUCAACACGAACCAGGGCUACCAAGAAAACCACAAGUUCAGCUUCACCUCGCACUACCCCCACGGCAUCACGGCGGUGGUGUACCAGCACACGCACAGGCUGCUGCUGGUGGGCGGCUGUGAGAGCGGAGAUUUCGAGGCCGGCUCGGCGGCAGCAAACGGGCUCACGGCGUGGCGGGUACUGUCGAGCAGCCCCCACUACAAGCAGGUCACCAGCAUCAACGACGACCUGGGCAUGGGCCUGCAACGGAGCCGUCUGCUGACCCGGCUGCCUGGUCUCCCUCGGUGGAGCAGGGUGGGGCGUGACCAGGACGGAAUCUAUAAGCUCUCGCUAUCUCCGGAUGCAUCCGUGCUGGCGGCCGUGCACUUCUCAGGGAAGCUGUCGCUCUGGGAGGUCCCAUCGCUUAGCCUGAAGCAGGCGUGGAGUCAGGAGCAGCAGCCCGGGUACGACGAGGUGAAUCCACAGUGGGUGACCUCUGUGGAUAGAAAGAGGAAGAUGAAGGACAAAUGGUGGCUCUGCUCGCUGGCCGAUGUGAACUGGUGGGCGGACGGCGCUCUGAUCCUCGCCCGCUGCUCGGGCUCGCUCACCGUCUCGUCGGCGCGCACCCUCAGCAAUCUCCUGGGCCCGUCGGCCGAGUGGUUUGAGCCGGCGCCACUCGUGACGGCCGCACACAACGGAGGCUUAUUGGCGCUCGAGUGCGAAGUAAAGCAGGUGUCCCUGAAGAGGCCACGCGCGGACGAGGUGGGGCCGGCGCGCGACGAGGGGGGCGACGAGAGCAACGACGAGGAGGAGGCCGACGGCGAGGCCUCGCUCCUGGGCCGCUCGGGCCGCGUCGUCCGCCGCGGCCUCUACCUCCUCACCGAGUCGGAACGCUUCGCGCCGCCCCGCAAGCGUCCGCGCAACCUCGUCAAGACGUACCGGCUCGUGAGCCUGCGCUCUACCACGCCGGAGGAGCUCUACCAGCGGAAGAUUGACAGCGAGGAGUACGGGGAGGCCCUGCUGCUGGCACAGGCGUACGGGCUGGACACGGACCUGGUUUACCAACGACAGUGGAGGAAGUCCCCGGUCAACAUCGCCUCCAUCCAGGACUACCUGAGCAAGAUCAAGAAGCGCUCGUGGGUUCUGCACGAGUGUCUGGAGCGACUGGCGGACAGCGUGGAUGCCGCCAAGGAGCUGCUGCAAUACGGCCUCAAGGGCACCGACCUGGAGGCCCUGCUGGCCAUCGGCCGCGGGGACGACGGAAGAUUCAUCGAGGCCGGAGACGUGGACAUCGAGGAGUUUCCGUACGAAGACAUGAGCCCUGAGGAGGAGCUCGAGAGGAGGAUGGAGAAGGAGGAGCAGCGCAGGAAGGAGCUGCUGGAGCUGGUGAACUUCACGAGGUUGACGGUGGAGCAGAAAGACCUGUGCCGCAGCCGCCUGCGCCUGCUGACGUACCUGGACCGCCUCGCCACCUACGAGGAAAUCCUGGGAGGCCCCCACGCAGCAGAGCAGAGGUACAACACAGAGUUCUUCAAGAGCUUCAGGAGCCAGAACCUCGUGCUGUCGGCCAGGAACUACGCUCGGGAGAGUGACUGGCAGGCCCUCGAGAUCCUCUUCCGCUACCACAGCGAGGAGCUGCUCACUCACCGCCUGCCUAUCCUCUCCAAUUUCCUGGAGACCACGUCACCUCACGAGUACCGCUACCUGCUGCCCGAGGCCGAGCAGAACGACGAGGGGGAGCUGGUCGUCGUUCCACUGCACGAGAGCCGGCACCGGGACACGGACUGGUGCGAGGACCCGCAGUGCAGGAGCGGGGCGGACGUGAGCCGCGUGGACUUGGGCGACUUCCUGUACGAGGAGCAGCCCGAGCUGCGGCGAUUCCGCACGCGCGAUCCCUCCGUGGCCCUGCUGUCCCAGUGGUACCAGCAGCGAGCACAUGACAUUGAGAGCCUCUCCCGUCAGGUGGACAGUGCGCUGUCGCUCGUGCGGCUGGGCCAGGAGAAGCUGGUGCCAGGGCUGGAGCCCCUGCUGGAUGACCUGAUGCUGCUGGACACGCUGGUGUACGAGGCCAGCAUCGACCCCACGCUGACCCUGCACGACCUGCAGGCCAUGCCCAGCCUGGCCCGCCUACGCCUGCUCAUGAGCAAGUCCCCAGCGGAGCGGUACGUACAGGAUGCCCUGCGCUGGCUCGUGCCGUUCCUGCAGCGCCUGGAGACGGCUCGCGGCGGUUCCACGGCGACGCUGCUGCUCCGCGAGUACCUCGUGGGCCUGGCCCAGAGUGACCUCGCGCCACCGCUGCAGAUCUUCCAGCAUUCCAAGCCGCAGCGUUCCCAGCGCAUCAUUCCGGACAACGACGAGCUCAUGAGGGUCGCCCUGGAGUGCACCUACAGCUGCACUCGCGACGACCAGCUAUCGCUCUGCUACGACAUCCUGGAGUGUCUGCCUCAGCGGGGAUCUGGGCAAGUGACUGAUGUGACUAGGGACCUGCAUGACCAAGUAGAUGUCAUGGAGCAGCACCUGAGCGUGGCAGAGAUCCUGGAGAAGCACGGCGUGCCGAAGCCCAUCAGCUUCGUUCGCGACUCACAGGGCAGUCGCGAGGAGGCGGUGAAACUCCUCACGCGACUCACACGCCAGGCCGGACGCAGGGUUCCGCCGUUGUCAGAGGAGAAGUGGAAGAGCUUGCUGGAGGACAUUCUGGAGAUGCAGAAAACCGUGUACAAGUGCCUGGACGAGGAGACGUGCUACGAGGUCUUCACCGAGAGCCUGCUGUGCUCGGGCCGGGCCGAGACGCUGCAACUGGCCGCUCGCAUGGUGCAAUGUAGCGCCGUGCAGCCGGUGCGGCCUCUCACGGCCGCCGGGCCGGGGCGCCUGCAGCCCAGCCAGCGCCUGGCGUAUGCCCGCAGCCUGGAGCUGGUGCUGGGUGCCGCACGCGAGUACUUCAACGCCUCCAAGUCGCUGGCGGACGACAGCAUGGACAUAGCCAGGGAGUGUCUGAAGCUGAUCACGGACGCACCCCCCAGAGUGCAGGAGGAGCUGGAUCUCAUGUCAGCGCUCGCACUGCUGGAAGAGUUUAAGUUGGAGAUGCUGCCCCUGGAGGUACGCUUGUGCCAGGACCGGCUGUCCCUUAUCAAGAAGGUGAUGGAGCAGUCUUCCUGGGCAUACAAGUACCCCAGCAAGAUGCUGCACCUGGCCACCUUGCUGCGUGUGGCCGGCUCGGAUCGCAUGGAGCGGAGUGGCCAGGUGCUCACGCUGCUGGCGGAGCAGGCGCUGCAGGCCCACGAUUACCGAUCGACCUCCCGGUUGUGCCACCAGAUCAUCUCCGAGGCCUACGGAGGCGGCUGGUCCGUGUGCAGCUCGUUGGCGCAGUGUCACGGAGCGCUCGAGCUCCCCGAGCGUCAGGAGCUGUUGGCGUUCGCGCUCACGCACUGCCCCGCCGACACCAUCCAGUCCCUGCUGGCGGCCAGCUGCAGCCUGCGAGCUCAGAUGCUGUACGAGAGUGUGGAUGGGCACGGGGAGACCAUGAGGAACAACUCGAGUGAGCAGCACGUCCAGCUGGAGGAGCUGGACAGGGGAGGCCUCCUGCAGAAGACGUCGGCGCUGACUGCCGGCGUCAUCGCGAGCACCACGCAUGGCACGCGCGUCGCCCUGCAUGCCAUCGCCCAGCCGCACCUCUGGGCCAAGUCCCUCUCGUACCUGCGCCCACUGCAGACCGCCACAGAGAAUGACAAGGCUCCUGAGUCCCGGAGCAGGGCGGCCCCAGAGAGACAGGCGUGGCACCCUUUCUACGCCUCGCUGGGUGCAGACGGCUCGGGAUACAAGGGAGGGGAGCUCUACCCGGACUUGGCAGUGGCUUCGGUGCGGCAGGCGGAGCUGCACCUGCAGGCCGGGAAGCUGCUGGAGACGAGCGGAGGGGGGCUCCACCCCUUCCCGGCUUCUCAGGUCUUGCUGGAAUUGGCAAGUGAGACGAUGUCCACCGACACGACACUGGCGCUCGCCUAUCUGCUGGCACUGUCCGACCCCCUGGAAGCAGACGUCUGCUUUGAGAGGCAGAGUGCGACGGCACUGUCGCUGCAGCUUGCGGUCUACUACUACGCGCUGCAAAUCCACGUGCGCCUGCAGCCCAGCAGCGGCCAUCCCGACUCAGUCUACUGGGCCGACCCGAGCGAGGUGGUGGCCCUAGCGAGUGAGCGGAUGGCGGCAGGAGGCUCGGCGCCGGCUGUGGCCGCGCGCCCUGAGGAGCUGGCCAUGCUGGAGGGGCGGCUGCGCCUCUACAGCGAGCGGCUCACCGACCUAACGCAGGCACAGACGUUGCACACCCUUGGCACCGGUGUGGACGUGCAGCGCUUCGCCGUUGACGCUCAGUACAAGCGCGGGACCAUCCUUGGCCUAGUCGAGACCCUGGACGACGCCACCUACGAGCUGUCCAUGUCGCUGGCGCGGCGCUACGAGAUGCCGCUGUGGGAGCUCUACAUGACGCACCUUGAGUUCCUGUUCACGGAUAGCGGGUUGGCGACGCGGCAGGUGGAGCAACGCGUGACGGCGCUGGGGCUCGUGUCGGAGUUGAAGGCCGACCCGGCCGGCGUGCUCGAUCACAUGACCAAGUAUGUGUACCCCGGAGUGCCGGGCGGUGACCACGCACGACUGCUCUGCUACUUUGGCCUGCUGGAGAGCUGCGGCUGCGGCGACCACGGCGCCCAUCCCGGCAAGCCAGGCGCCCACUUGCAGCUGCUCAGGAAGCUGCGGUCCACCAUGCCUGGCCUCAACUACAAGAAGCUGAUGGACACGAGCGCCAACCCGCUGGAUGCGCUGCGGCCCGUGCUCACGUCCCAGAACGUCACCACGGUGGCCAAGCUGGUGCCCAAGCUACCCACGGCGGGCGGACUGACGCAGAGCGCCGUGUUCGCCACGUGGCUGCGCCGGCUGUUCUGGAACGGCACCGGAAAAGAUGGCGACGAGGUGGACUGGGGCAGGCGCUACCGCGACUGUGAGCAGCUCCUGGGCAGACUCUCACCACCUGACCUGGACGCCUUUCUUCAGGAGGUCACCGUCUCCGCAGACGCCGUCGAUCAGCUGCCGAUCAAGACGCGGGUGGACACGGCGGAGCGCGCCGCCGCGUUUGUGGAGAAGCUCAAGGGGCGGCCCACCUCCCGCAAGAAAGGGGGGGGCGGCGGGGGCUCCGUGGACGAUGGCGAGGAAGCGGCGGCAGAUGCCGGGUGCGAGGACGGCGCGCGCACGCUGGACGACGUCGCGAGUCGACUGCACGCUGUGCGGAAGCACCUGCAGUCCCUGCGGGACGAUGCCAUCGCUGCGCUUCGGCACAGCGAGCAGGAGCAAGAGCGUGCCUAUGCGCGCGCCUUCGACCUGGCGUGCUCGGAGGAGAAGACUGUGCUGCAGCUGGCUCUGCGCUUGGCGCUGGAUGGGCGGCCGCUGCCCUGCGUGCACGGCGUGCUGCGUGCGGCGCUGGGCGAGCGUCGCGACCGCGUGCGCGACGCAAUUCACCGAGCUGUCCUCACAAUCGUCAACGCGCUCCAGGAGCGGCCGGAGGCCGUGGAGCUGCUGGGCGAGAAGGCACCACUGGAGGCGCUGGAGGGGAUCGUGUCGGUCGUGCGCUCCCACUCCGAGGACGGGGGGAAGCUGGUGAGCGCCGACAACCUGCUGUCGUGGCUGCGCCCAUUCUGCACCGACGCGGCGCUGCCGGUGCGUCCUCGCGUUGCCGUGCUGCAGAUCCUAGAGCAGGCGUUCCGGCUUGGAGAUGAGGAGGGCCACCUCCUCGCCUUCUACCGCACGCAGGCUGUGUUGACGGACGCCUGGCCCCACCGAACGCUGGACAUGGCAGAGGUGUGUGACGAGGAGGGGCGGCUGCGUCUCUUUGAGGAGCUGCUAGGCGCCAGCGUGACGCCGCCCCUCGUGCCGCACCUCGUGCUGCUGCUGCAGGCCUGGCCGCCGAUGUCCAACACCACACUAGCAAGCCGUGACGCUUGCCCCUGGCUGCAUCUGGCGGCGGCGGUGCUGUCGGCAAGCUCCUCUCCUGCCGAGACAGUCGAGGCUGGUGCCACGAUCCUGGGAAUCUCGCGAUCGCUGCACGGCACGCGGCACGCGCUGCCAACGCCGUGCGUGGAGCAACUGCUGGAGCUGCUGCUGGAGCGCUCCCUGUUGCUGCCGGCGCUGAAGCUCGCGCUGGACGGCGGAGAAGCGCAGCUGCACAAGCGCGCGAUCGGCCUCAUUACCACCGCGGUCACUGAGGUCGACCAUUCCAACUGUGACCCCGAGCUGCUGGGCCUGCUGCUGACACGGGGCCUGGCCGUUGCCUGCCUGCCCACCGCCCUGUACCCGCACCUGAUUGGCCACCUCCUGUCCAACUGGGAGACAGAGAGUUGGGACGUGGAGGGGUUGGCAUUAGAGCUGAAGGCCGCUGGGCAUGGGAUGGAGGCCGCCUCGCUCGUGAUGGCGCACAGACGCACGCCGCCGGCGCUUGGCACAUUCAAUGCCGCCGCCAGCUUCCUCAAGCAGUGGCUCCAGGGCUGACAACUUCAAGCGGAGCGAGUUACGCCCGGACGACUGACAGGGAUAGUGAUCCUGUGGCAAAUUAAGUUGUCAAAUCGAAGUUCUUCAUGCCAGAUCUAUGUUGGCGUCGCUGUCCCUGGUACCAUGAAGCGGGGAGCAAUGUCAUUGGCUCGCGUGUGACGAGUUAUCUAUUAUCGAAAAGUGGAGUAAUCUAAUAUGUAGACAGAAUUUACAAUGAGCCAGCCGUGUGAUAUGGUCGGCAUGUGUUUAAUCUUGAAUAACAUAAAUGAAUCCAGUGUUAGUUAUUUUGUAACGCGGAUGCGCAUGUCUAUGCGCAAGUACACGUAAUGGCAUGAAAUGUGGACACUUGAAGACAAUGUAUAAUGUUGGCUGAAUCGUGUGCCACUGUUAAAAUAAAAUAUACGUGUUUUUCGAGACAGAACAGCAA